GCCCCGGGUCCGAGCCCGGCGCCACCUGGAGCUCCCGAGUCCCGGGUCCCAGCCCGGUGCCACCUGGAGCUCCCUUCCCGAACGAGACUUAGAAAGCUUCCUGAACAGGGCCUCGCUCCUGCCGGCUGGGCCUGGGGUGCCAGGGUGAGUGCCCCCUUCUCCUGUGGGGACCUUCAGCCUGCUGUCAGCCGUGGAGCUGGGGUGCUCAGGCAGCUCUCCUGCCGAGACUUGAUCUUGGGGCAGUGAGCUGACCCUGGGGAAGCCUUGGCCGUGCCCUGCAUCACCUCCUCAGAGUUGGCAGGCUGCCUGCCCCGGCUGCACAGCCAAUGUCCUUCCUGUUUCCAAGCUCUGAAGGGUUCCCAGCAGAUCCUCUUGGCUGCUGGCUCAGGUUCUGGACAGGAAGGCCAGGCCCACAGGAUGUCUGGUGGCCAGGAACGUAGCCCUGAAGGCUUCAUAGACCAUCUGCUCAGUGGACAGAAGACGGGCCCUGAGAGAGGGGAGGGGCGUGCCGGAAGUCUCCAGAGCACCAUUUUCCUGAGGCCAGGCACAGCUGUCCCCCGCACCUGAAGACAGGGUGCUCUGGUGAGAGACAAGCAAGAAAUGAGCAGGAACACAGGCUGCAGGUGAGAUCGGCACAGCGAUGGUGCAAGCCAAGUGACACGACAGGGCCACGCUGACAUCUGUGGGCACGUGUUCCGGGCAAAGGGCAGCUUCAGGUCACUGAGUUCAAGCUUGUGGCCCAAGCAGAGUGAAGCAGGCUCCAGGGGAGAAGGGGCCUGGCCGGGGGAUGGAUCCCACUCCGGGCCUUCUUGGGGGGGUGGGGGGGCAGCGGGAUCCCAGCUGUUGCUUUCUGCCCCUCCCCCCACCCUGAAGUAAUGACUCAGGGAGCGAGCUGACUCACAGGGACACAACCCCCCCGCCAGCCUGGCUCCCUGUGUGUUUCAGUGUGUGUUGGAAAAUGGGCGACCUGGAGUCGGACUUCAACCUGAAAGUUGUCUUAGUCAGUUUCAAGCAGUGUCUCAACGAGAAGGAGGAGGUGCUGCUGGAUCACUACCUCGCUGGCUGGAGGGGGCUGGUCAGGUUCCUGAACAGCCUGGGUGCCAUCUUCUCCUUCAUCUCUAAGGAUGUCACCACAAAGCUACAGAUCAUGGAGCGUCUGUGCAGUGGCCCACAGCAGGAGCACUACAGCAGCCUGCAGUCCAUGAUGGCCUACGAGGUGGGCAACCGGCUGGUGGACCUCGAGCGUCGUUCCCAGCACCCCGACUCAGGCUGCCGGACGGUGCUCCGGCUGCACCGCGCCCUGCGCUGGCUACAGCUCUUCCUGGAAGGUCUGCGCACCAGCCCCGAGGACGCGCGUACUGCCGUGCUCUGCACCGACUCCUACAACGCCUCUCUGGCUGCCUACCACCCCUGGAUCAUCCGCCGGGCCGUCACCGUGGCCUUCUGUACGUUGCCCACACGCAAGGUCUUCCUGGAGGCCAUGAACGUGGGGUCCCCAGAGCAGGCCGUGGAAAUGCUGGGCGAGGCCCUGCCCUUCAUUGAGCGUGUCUACGAUGUCUCCCAGAAACUCUACACUGAGCAUUCCCUGCUGAACCUGCCCUGAGGGCCAGCGGGUGAGGUGGGGCAUGUUUCUCCUUUCCAGAGCUGGGCUGGGGCAGCCAGAACCCAUCAGGCCCACCAUGGAGAUUUGUGGGUGCCCCAGGAAUGGGAAAUACGCUUUCCCCUGCCAGCUGAGCUACGGGCCCAGCAUAGCCCACUCGGGCUGAGCUUCUGGGCUGCAGCAUGGGGGCUGUGACAGAGAAGGCAAGCCCUGGCCAUCGCUCCUCCUUGUUGUCUUGCUCUGCCCAAGGGCACCUUGGCUUCACCCUCAACCAAGUUAUAUGUGUGCAACCAGGCCUUGCCCGGGUGGGUAAAGUGCCGAAGGCGGGGAGGGUAAGGGCAGUAUCCGUGUUCGUGCGAAACCCUGAAAAGCUGCCCCCUGCCUGUGAGCCAAGUGUGUGAGAUGGGGCGAAGUCACAGGUCCCCACAGUGCAGAGACUUCGUCCUGCUUGCCAGCAAACUCACCCAGCAGGUGCUUCUCUGUCCCUGGCCCAUCUCGGUGUCAGGCCCUGGGCGCAGUGCCUAGGUCCAGGUGCCCGGGCCCCUCCACACGGGGUUGGCUGUCCCCAGGACAGGGAUGGAACCCCUGGGCAGCAGUGGACAGGCUCUCUCCCUGUCCCUCACCUCCUUGUUAGCCAGGGUCCCACGUGUCCUCAGCAGCAACGUGCAGGAGCCAAAGCCCUGAGCGGAGGCCUGCCCUGCCUCUAGUUCUGCGCACUUAUCAGCUGCCCCCUGCAGCCACCCUGUCGUUCAGGUGCUCCCCCAGGCAGCUGCCUGUGAGUCUGCACAGCACAACUCCAAAGCUCUAGAGAGCCCAUGACAUGACUCUGCUGGUCCAGUUCUGGCCUCUCCCUCCCCAUCAUCCAACAAGAUGCUGCAUUCCAUCCUCCCCGUCCCUACAGAGCUCAGGAGACCCGGGAUGAUAUGGCACACGGAGAGGGCCUGGACCCUUUUGCCCAGCUGACAGGCCAGCCGUCACCAGACACUUGGGGGCCUAGCGUCUCCUACUGGCUCUUCACUGUGAGCUCAGGGCCCUCGAUACCGAGGGGACCGUGUCCACCAUACGGAGAUGUGCGUAAGUGUGAACUUGCAGAGACCCUGGGAAAAUGUAAUACGGGUGAUGGAUUUUCAAACAUCAAUAAAUUCCCCUUCUAGAGCA